AUGAAUAAUUCUCCACCGGCUCGCAUAAGCGGUUUUAGAGCAAAAGACUGGAUAAAAAUAUCUCGAGCACCUUCACAGGUUAUCAACACUCAAUUGGGUGAUAAAGUCGAACUCGAAUGUGAGGUUCUAGGUAGUCCAGCACCUGAAAUUCAAUGGUAUAAAGGUAGCCAAUUGAUUCAAGAGACUGAAAGAAGCGUUCUUAACAACGAGCUACAAGAUUCGUACCACGACAAAGCAGGUUUGGCUAAAAUCAAAUCCAGGUUCAUCAUAGAUUGCGUCACGUCGAAUCACGGUGGUUUUUACACGUGCGUUGCAAGAGCCGGUGUUAAAAAAAUAAAAUCCGAACCGAGUUUGCUACUUAUUGAAGGUGGAAGUAGCGAAUCGUGUAAGGAAGCUAAAAAUGAAAAAUUACAACCCCCGAGAAUAAUAAGUUGGAAUCCAACGGCUAUGGAAAAUAUGGGAGUCGAUGUUUUGCUACCAUGUGCAGCCGUUGGAAAUCCAACACCGGAAAUAUAUUGGCUGGACCAAGACAAUAACGUUGUCAACAAUUUCCGGUUUAGAGUUUUAAACAAUGGAGAUUUAGCCAUUUACCGGUUGGCAUGGCCCGAUAUGGGUCAAUAUAAAUGCGUAGCUGAAAAUAGUUUGGGUAGAGAUUCCGUGACGACAUUUAUUUAUCCAGUCCUGGUAAGUUUUCUUUUAUCCAAACUUUAA